GGGAGGAGAUGGAGAUGAAAGCAGAUCCUCAAUAUGUCAGUGCAUGUUUCCCAGAGAUAUUCCUAUCCCCAUUUCACUUCCGCCCACGCCAAUAACACGACUGCAAUGUAUCAGCGGAGUGGACUGGUUUGAAUCCGAAAGUGAACAAGAGAGAAAAAGGUUUCUUUUUGAGUCACCUGCCAGCAUCUAAGGGAGAGAAGUGUACAGUCUGUCUGUCUCUCUGCCUCUUCCCCUCUCCUCUCCCUCAUCUCCUCUCUAUUACUCCCUCCCUCGCUGCAUUUUUUCCCAGACUGAGGCGUCCAUGGACCCUCUGGCUCCGCUGCUUUCGUGAGUGACUUGGAGCGCUCUGAGAACUUUGUGAACUCUCCGAGUUGGAGCGGGAAGCGAGAGGAAGGGGAGCAGUUGAUGGGACGCAGCCCGGCAGCAGCGGCAGGCUCCUCUGGAGACGGCAUCAGGACUCUCAGCCGGAGAUAAUUCCCCCGCGGGGUCAUGACAAGACGGCGCCUCAGCUUCCUAACCCCCCUGGCUCUGCUGGGACUCCUCGUGGGGCUUGCAGACCUCAGCCAUGGCUCUACUGGUGAGGACGAGGAUUAUUACAUGCAGGAGCUGCUGACGAGAGAACAGUACAACCAGGUACAAAUGCUGGAGAAGCCUGUGGCCUCGAUACCUGACCGGCAUGAGCACCAAGGCCAAAACCCUGCCAAGAAAGUGCCCAAGGGGAAGGAAGAAGGCAGCAGGCAGACGGAUCAAACCACAGCUGAUGCAAAAUCAGUGAGUAACAAGAAGGCGGAGAAGAACAAGAAGAGCGGCCCGAAUAACCCAAACAGCAUCUCAGACGGAGGACAAUACAACUCAAUAAAAGAGGAAUGCCCUCCUAUGGGACUCGAGACGCUGAAGAUUGAUGAUUUCCAGCUUCACGCUUCGAGUACGAAACGCUACGGCCUUGGUGCACACAGAGGUCGCCUUAACAUUCAGGCAGGCCUCUAUGAAGAUGACCUCUAUGACGGGGCAUGGUGCGCGGGGAGAGACGACCCGCUGCAGUGGUUCGAGGUGGACGCCAGGAGGCUGACGAAGUUCACAGGGGUCAUCACACAAGGCAGGAGCUCCCUCUGGUCAAGUGACUGGGUGACCUCGUACAAGGUCAUGGUGAGCAACGACAGCCACACCUGGGUAACGCUGAAGAACGGCUCGGAAGAUUUGAUUUUCAGUGCCAACAGGGAAAAGGAGAUCCCAGUCCGGAACGUCUUCCCGGCGCCGGUGGUCGCCCGGUACAUCCGGGUCAACCCUCGCUCUUGGUUCAACAGUGGCAACAUCUGCAUGAGAGUGGAGAUUCUUGGCUGUCCUAUGCCAGAUCCAAAUAAUUAUUACCACCGGCGCAAUGAAGUCAUCACGUCAGAUGACUUGGACUUCAGACACCACAGCUACAAAGAGAUGAGGCAGCUUAUGAAAGUGGUGAACGACAUGUGCCCCAACAUCACCCGGAUCUAUAACAUAGGAAAGAGUCAAAGCGGCCUCAAGCUGUAUGCAAUAGAGAUUUCUGACAACCCCGGAGAGCACGAAGUUGGUGAGCCAGAGUUUCGGUACACAGCAGGUUCCCAUGGCAACGAGGUGCUGGGACGUGAGCUGCUCCUCCUGCUGAUGCAGUUCAUGUGUCUGGAGUAUCUGUCUGGCAACCAGCGGAUUCGUCACCUGGUGGAAGAGACCAGAAUCCAUCUAUUGCCAUCUGUCAACCCCGAUGGGUACGAGAAAGCCUUUGAAGCGGGUUCUGAGCUCAGCGGCUGGUCUCUGGGGCGAUGGAGCAACGACGGAAUAGACAUUCACCAUAACUUCCCAGAUCUCAACUCCAUACUGUGGGAGGCCGAGGCCAAGAAGUGGAUCCCUCGCAAAAUGUUCAACCACCACGUGCCCAUCCCAGAGUGGUACCAGUCCAAAAAUGCCUCUGUUGCCGUGGAGACGAGGGCACUGAUAGCAUGGAUGGAGAAGAUGCCCUUUGUGCUCGGCAGCAACCUUCAGGGAGGGGAGCUGGUGGUGACAUUCCCCUACGACAAAACUCGCUCCCAGGGAGUGACCAGGGAGCAGACCCCCACGCCGGAUGAUCAUGUGUUCCGUUGGCUGGCCUUCUCCUACGCGUCCACCCACCGCCUGAUGACUGAUGCCAACCGACGGGUCUGCCACACAGAAGACUUUGCCAAGGAGGACGGCACCAUCAACGGAGCGUCCUGGCACACCGCAGCUGGCAGUAUGAAUGACUUCAGCUAUUUGCACACCAACUGCUUUGAGUUGUCGAUGUAUGUGGGAUGUGACAAAUUCCCUCAUGAGAGCGAACUGCCUGAGGAGUGGGAGAACAAUCGCGAGUCUCUUCUCGUCUUCAUGGAGCAGGUGCAUCGUGGGAUCAAAGGAGUAGUGAGGGACCUGCAAGGUCGCGGAAUAGCUAACGCAGUCAUCUCUGUGGAGGGAAUCAGCCAUGAUGUCCGCACAGCUGCCGAUGGCGACUACUGGCGCUUGUUAAACCCCGGAGAGUACAGAGUCACAGCGAGGGCCGAGGGCUACAGCCUCGUCAGUAAGAAGUGCGAGGUGGGCUACGAGAUGGGCGCCACCAGGUGCGACUUCAAAAUUGGCCGCACCAACCUUUCGCGAAUUAAAGAAAUAAUGGAAAAGUUCAACAAGCAGCCCAUCAGAUUGCCCGCGAGGCCGCUCCAAGCUCGCAGGUCCAGAGAACGACGUAUGGGAACAUAAUGACGGCAUGAGACCAGAGGAGGAAUUAAAAACAAACAUCUGCUCUGAUCAGACUGCGGUGAUCUCCAGGCCUGGGUUUGGACCGAUGUCAGACUCCUCCGCUGUGCUGUCAGCAUUAUUAGUUUCCAGAUUGAAAAUUUGGAUUAAUUUAAAUGGAAUGCUUAUUUGUUGUUUUUGGGAGGUUGGUUUGGUUUCAUACCAAGGCGUAAGCCCAUGUGGUCACUGUUGUUGUGUCGACUGAUGACGAACUCCACUGUAUACGUAAAAGUAUUUCAAAUUCUUUCAAGGGCUAAGUUUGUUCAAUCCCCCAUUUUAAAGAUCUGUUCUAAUAUUAAUCAUUCCUUGUGGCUUCAACUAGAAAUACUGAUAUAAUCAAUUAAGAACUUAUUUUUUUAAAUAAAAGAAAAUUGUGAUACAAAGGAAUACGUCAUCGCAUUUUGACCCCGAUUUAUGUACAUACUUAUUAACUUAUGUAACACAGCUACAUAAACCAUUACCAAAGCUUUAUUGCCGGCACUUGUACAAUUUCUGGUGAUUUAAAAAAACUUUAGGACACGGUGACCUUUUGUGUCACUUUUUACUAACUUUGGUUUUGGCAUAAACUCUUAAAAUGUAUAGUGAAUAAUGUAGAGGUACUCAAAGUUACUGAUAUUAUAUUCCUAUGCGGAGAAAUGGGAGGCACCUAAUGUUUGAGUAUCAUAGCAAAGUAAAUGUCAUCAGGGGACUAUAGUUUCCUUUUUAAUAAUUGAUAAGGUCAAAGGUCUUUGCAGUAUAAUGACUACUUUCACUGUGAUGUUGCUGCUUAAUCAGUAUCAAAUGUAUCGCUCUUUCUUUUAACUCAUUCCCUCCAUUUUAUUCCUGCUUGAUUGAACAUCCCUAAUGGAAAAUAAACUCCAUUACAGUCCCGUAA